CUUUGAUCUUUACUGAUUCUCAUCGUCCGAGGGGACCCGUCGCACAGAAGUUCGUUGAUCUUUACUCCGCAGCGAAAUAAACAGAGACUCGACGAUAUGCCGAGGGAGCCAUGAGGUGAACAAAAAUGCGUGUAGCGGCCCCCGCGACAUCAACAUCGGCCUCCACACGACCACCACGCCGGGCGGGGGUGCACAUGCAGUGCAAAAGUAUCGUACUCGUAUAAAUGCAUUACGAUUACAAAUUUCCUCAGCAUGAGAAAUAAAAUUUGUAAUGCUGGUUUACCUUGAGAAAAACAUUUGUAAUGCAUGAUUGCAAUACGAGUACGAUACUUUUGCACAGGAUAGUGCAAAUGCAAUCAUGAUCAGCAAGAACAUCAGCAUGGAGGUUAAUAUUUCCUCCCUCGAAUCCAAGUUGUUUCUGUUGCGGAAAAAGCUACACAAAGUCCAAGACGAAAAGCGGUGGCAGCUGCAGCUGCGAGACCGGGUGUUCUCAUCCUUCGUUCCUGCGAAUUACGAGUUCAGGCAGGAAAGUCGCAAUAUGGGGGUGCCAGGAUUGAAAUCGUCAAAGUUGAAAUAGUUUGUGAUGCAUAAAACAUAUACCAGUUGGAAGCCCAAUUUCCAAGCGGCGCAUGACAAAUUUCGACUUCAUCGAAAUCCAGAUUGUCAUGCUGUUUAGCGAAAGAAGACAUCCUUUGUCAUGCUACUUUAGCAGCUCUAUCCCAAAUCCGAAGCAGGCUCACAAUCGGCCUCACUUGCAAUUCCUGCAAGACAGUCACUUUGUGCCUUGCAUUUCAUGCAUCACAGAUUAUUUCAACUUUGUCGGUUUCAAUCCUGACACACCCAUACGCAAGUGGCACUGGAUAAAAACGCAGGCGGCGGUGCGCAUUCAAAAAUCCGUCCGGGGAUAUUUCACGCGGAAGUACCUGUCCAAAACCAUCUACCCGGCUUUUUUCGACGAAAACACAAAAUUGCUGAACGAGGCGAAAACAACCCGACUGCUGCCGCAACUACUGGAGCUCCGAAGGUAUCAAAUGCAUGUACUUAUACGUCUGGGUCUGGGUCUAGAAUAAGCAACAUGUAAACUUCUGAUGCGCAUCGUAGAGCAGACAGAAAUCUGUCAUGCAUGGACCGCAGAAGCUGCUCAGGUCUUGUCCUCACCCAAAGAGGGGACUAGUCAUGCGCAUUGGGCAUUGCGAAACCUGCUCAACAAAACCUGUGAUGCCUGGAAUUGCAUACCAGACAUUCUGUGUCAUGCACAAACAGCAUAAGAAUCUACCUCCAGACCCUGACAUACACAUUCACAUAUUUGCAUUUGAUAGAAGGCAGUGCCACUCGCUGCUGUACGAUCGCGAUGAAGAGAAGCGAAACGCCAGUGCGACUUUGAUCCAAAAAACCUGGCGGGGCGCCCGCGUCUAUCGGCGGAUUUGGGUUUGGAAGCGGUUUUUCUAUACGCAUUGCAAAAGCAUCGUAGUCGUACUCGUAUAAAUGCAUUACAAAUUUAUUCCUCAGCAUGAGAAAUAAAAUUUGUAAUGGGGAUUUACCUUAGGAAGAAGAUUUCUCAUGCAUAUUUGCAAUUGUACGAUACUUUGGCGGUGCAUAUUCUACAUCAAAAGACAACUGGAGCUCGAAGUAGAGGCGGUGACAAUUCUGGCAAGUUUUUGGAUAUCUUCACAGGAAAAACUGGUAACGCUCACAGACUUUGUGAUGCGGCAAUGCAUGACAAAACGUGCCCAGUAAAUUUGUCAUGCAUAGCAUGCGUACUAGGCUAAUUUUGUGAUGCAUGGCUGCAGUCCGUAAAACGUUAACACUUUUCCUUGUGAUAUUCAAGAGGGUACAAGCAGAGAUUCCUGUUUCAGCACCAGCUGGAGCUGAUUCGUGCGGAAAACGCCGCGAUUGUGAUCCAGCGGUUUUUAUGAAUUGCAAAAAUGUCUGGGUCUGGAAGGUGGCAACUUGUCAUGGUAAAUCUGAAGCAUGCAAAAAUCUGUGUUGCAUGAGUGCCAAAAGCUGUCCACUUUUGACCAAGAUCGGCAUGAUAGGUAUCUCGCAGAAUCUGUCAUGCUAGGUCCCGCAUUGCAGACGACAUGGAUCAUGGAAAAUCUCCUGCGUGACAAGUUUACACUUUUCCAGACCCAGACAUUUUUGAAAUUGAUAGUUUUGGCGUAGGUGGCUACGCGAUCUGCAAAUGAUCGUCGGGCGUUUUACGAUAUCCUGUGCGAAAGUUGUAUCGUUCUUGUAGCAAAAAUCGCAAGCUUCACGCAUUACAACACUGGUUCCAAAGGGUAUUCAGCAUGACAAAUGUCACUUCUCAUGCUGAGCUAAUUUAUUGUAAUGCAAGCACUCAUCACUAGCACGAUGCAAAACAUUUGCAGUGCAUAUACGACCUUCAUGUCCGAGCAGGAGCGCAGCGAGAUGAGCGACCUUUUCGAGAGACAGGACGAAUGUGGAGGUGUUGAUGAUGCCGACCAGCAUAAUGAUUCAUCGCGGGGACGGCACUACAACAAGAACAACAACCUCCACCUCUACGGCUUGUUACUAGAGCAGCAUGAUGAGCAAGAUCAUACCUUUUCCUUUGGCGAGGGAGAAGCAAGUGAAAAACACGACCUUCAAGAACCUCCGGCACUCCACGACCUGCGUGGAGAAAAAAUCGGUGUAGGUGUAGGAGGAGCGCCUUCAACAUCCUCAGGCGGGGCAAGAACCCGAACCGCAAUAACUACGCCGACAACGACAACCUCCAAGCGGGGCCGGAGUCGGUUUGGCGCUGUGCGAAUGCAGAGUGCGCACUGGAGAGAGAAGAAGGACGAGAGCGAGGAAAUAGUAGAACUUGAUGGGCCGCCCGCUCUUGAUCUUGAGAAACAUAAACACCACGCCAAUGACACGACAGCGGCAGAUGAACAAGUGAGUGUCUCAGCGGCGACCUCUUGCUCGGCUCCCGCUCCGCCCAGCACAUCUUCCUCCUCUUCUUCUAAAACAAAACUCUUGGAGCGCGUCCGGACCGCGAAAAGUGUGGUGUUUGAAGAUGAGGGAGAGCGACCAGAAAUAAAAAAUGGUGGAGCGAACAAUUUCUCGGCGCACAGCUGCACUACGGCUACAACAACUUCCUCCAACGCAAUGAAGUCCUCUUCCUCCACGCCAAGGGCAACAGCCAUCCAAGGCAAAAACGCUGCUGGCAAGAAUCACGACACAAGAACUACGACCGCUAUACAACAACGGACAACUACUACUCGUGGUGUACCUGCCGCGAAGAUGGCAUCAGGUGUUGAAGCUGUAACUUUAAAGACGGCACCAGAUUCAAAAACUAGCGGUACAACAACCUCCAGUACUAGUAGCAGGAGAACAAAUACAACUUCGCAAACGAGAAAAUCGAAGAACCAGCAUGCUUGUGCUUCAACAAGGAUGAGGACGAAAGAAGGAGACAACAAUCAAACUGCAGGCGUUCCCGGAGGUCCUGCUGGCGCGGUACCAGCGCCCUCCUCGUCUUCGACCCGACCAGGUGUAGUCGGUUCUGCUACGGGCGGCGGGGGCAAAAAGUUGAAGAAAAAGACCACGCGGACGAGGAUUGAUUUGGACGCCGCGAGGACUACAAGCACGCUGGACAGUGAAGACGUCGUUGUCCUCGGAACUAGUAGUACAACGGAGAAGAAAGGUGCAGUUGGAGGAGCAGGACAGCAACGUCAAGAACGGAACAGUGACAUGAACCAGGUCAAAGUCUCCAGCAGCUCCGCCAGUGUCGAGGCCCUGGUGCAAGACGAGAAGGAAGGUGACACACCGCAAAGCCAAAAUGAUAGGACGAAAGCAGCAGUUGUUGUGGUAGAGGCAGCUGAAAGCAAUGGUGUGGACGUCGAUUGCCCAGGACCACCUGCUUCAACAGAAGAAGAUGAAGCUCCUCAAUUUGUCCACCCGAUGCUGGAUAUAGAUUUGGAUACCAUUCAACAUCUGGAAAGUAGAGGUGAUCGUGAUGGUUCCGCGCACCCCGGGAGGUCCUCUGCACUCGACCUGUUUCUCGACGUAAAGCAGUAUUCGCCGCUGUUGAAUACGAAGGACGUGUUUUCUCCAUAGGAAUAGGAAUUCCAUAGGUAUGAAUUAAGUAAGUAGAGUACACGAAUUUGAGUUCUGAUUUCCCCUGCUGUCGUCCCUCAUUUGCAAUGCAAAAUUGCAACUUAAAGCUCUUCCUCCAACAGUCCGAAGCCUUCAUUGGCUUGGUUGAGUUGACACUCAAACUGGGGCAUCGAAGUAAGUUGUAACAGUAGAAUGAAGCUGUACGCAGUGAUGAAGUUGUUGACGUCGGUGCCAGCAGUAGUGAUGACGUCG